CUGCUGCUGCUGGUGGCCGACCGUCCAAGGAAGAGAGAAGAAAGAGAGAAAGGAGAAGAGGAUCGUGCGCGCCUCAUGGCCCUGUUGUUUAUUGGCCCGUCGUGAUCACGAAGAGAAGAGAUCCGAGUGACUGUGCUCUUGUGUUUUGGUGAAAAAUAACGAAGUGGUGAUCGGUGCUCGAUUGUUCUUCUCUACGGUUCAGUGCUACGUGGGGUUUUCUUUUUUGGGGGAGAGGCACGCUCGCUGGAGGAUCGGAAUAGAGGAAAAGAGAACGGCACAGUUCGUGGGGGAGAGAGAAAGCGAGAUAGAGAGAAAGAGAGGGAGAGAGUGUGAGAGUGAGAGGGAAGAAUAGCAAGAUAGAAAUAGAGAUAGAGGUAGAAGAAGAGAGAGAGAGGGAGAGAAAGAGAGAGAGAAAGACAGAGUGAGAAGAAGAAGUAAACUUAUAGAGGAGAAGGAGAAAGGGUGAUUGGAAGACCCGGCUGGCGAUCCGAAUUCGCGGAUUCGACACGCCGCGGUUGCCGAUCCAUAAUAUGGCGUACAAGUUUCGCGAAGAGAUCGUGGGAAAGAGGUUUCUCUCGGUGAGUGGUUUCACCAAGCUAAAGGUGAAUAAGAUUAGUGAGUGGGGGUGGCGUGCGGGGGUAAUUCGUGCUGCCAGUCACAGGGAUAACAGCUGUCAUGAUCUUCAGAUCCUCGUAGAAUACGACGACGUAGAGUGGCAAAGGAGAGAAUGGCUAUCGCCCCACAGGGACGCGGUGUUCUCGUUCUUCUUAGUGGAAAAAGGGCUGUGCUGGGCCGAGCGACCUGAUCCAAGGCAUGCCAGCCUCAUCGCCAUCGAUCACCACAAUCACGCCAAUAAUAACCACCACCAUCACCGUAUCAACGGGAAACUCUUGAGGGGCGCCACAGCUGUCGCGAACACGGUCGCCUGGCCGGCUCUCACGUUUUAUCCCCUGGUGGCGCGUGCAGAGUUACCGGAAGACGCGAUGCCUCUCGAAUUCAUGCAAGAUCGAAGGCUGGACUUCGUCGAUUACUCGAAGCUGAAGCCGUUUACCGCUUCAACCGAGCCGUUGUUUCUGCAGCAGGACUGGGAGCUUACGAAAGGCUCGGUGCCUUGGGCGAGCGCUGUCAGGCGAUGGGCAGAGAUGCAGGACGGACAAAGGAUCCUGCUCACCACGCCGAGCGUUCUAGUCGGCUUCAGGGUCGAAGUUUAUCGAGCCGAGGGCACCACGCAAUGGUACACUGCCGUCAUCGUUGGUUACAACGAGUCCACCAAGGACCUGACUGUCACCGAUGACACAGUUCUCGAGGACCACAACGAGGACCCCAGCUUAGUACAAAUGCGGUUGAUUGGCGACGGAGUCGUCGAGAGCAUCAUGAGAGGCGAGGUCGUCGGCAUGACACCGAGGAGGUCGAGGUCAUCGACUGCUCUGACGCACGCGCUUGUUGUGCCGAGACCUGGAAGGAGGCCCCGAGGACGUCCUGGAAACGCCACACAGUUGCACACAGCGCCUAGGAUACAAAGCCCUAUUUCUCAGCAUCUCGAGAAAGAGAAGAACUCGGCGCGCAACAGCCGGCGAAGACGGGUGAGCGAGGGUGGCGGGAGCCGCGAGAAGCUAGAGAAGGAAGCGGUAGGCGAGAGCAAUCCAUCCACGCGGCAGGCGGAGGACAGGGAGAAUAAAGGUCCGGCGUCGGGCAGGCCCGGCAAUCGUAUACCACGGACCGUAUUGGAGGAGGCGAACAGCGCGUCGAGCAGCGCAUCGGAGUAA